AUGCAGGGCAGUUACAACAUCAAUUUUCCUGUGGUUUUCUGUGAUCCCGAUGGGCGCGAAAUGGAGAAAUGGAUUGUUCGUAUCCCGUUGAUUCCUCGUUUAGCAUUUCCAGAAGAAAAAAUGCGUGGCGAGAUUGCAACUAUGAAAUACGUCUCUGAAAAAACAAAAAUUCCAAUCCCCCAGUUAUCUGGGUACUCGAUUAGUAGCGAUAAUGUACUUGGUCAACCGUUUAUGCUACUAGAAUUCAUUGAAGGCCAGACUUUACACAGUGUUCUUGAGUUCCUAGAGGCAAACGAAGAAAAGAGAAAACAUGUAUACAGCCAGUUAGGGCUCAUAUACCUGGAACUCUUUCAACAACAAUUUGAUCGCAUCGGCGCUCUCACUCUCGAUGAAACCGACCAAAACUGGGUCUUCAAGCAUAACCGACCCCUGACAAUUUCUAUCAACGAUCAAGAGGUUGGCGGACUUAACGUUUGCCAAUAUCUCUCGAAACACCAGACUUUUACAUCUACAGUUGACUAUGCAUACAUGUUGCUGAAUACCAUAUUCAAUGAAUUCUAUCACCGACGUGAUAGUGUGUAUGAUGAGGAAGAUGCGCGAUGCUAUAUAUAUUCACUUUAUCUUGCCCAAGGAGUCAUAAUGGAGUGGAUAAGGCCAGAAUUUAACCAUGGCCCAUUCAUCCUCAUGCACAAAGAUCUACGACCAUGCAAAAUUAUUGUAGAUGAUAACUUAAAUAUCAUCUCUGUCUUGGAUUGGGAAUGGAGCCACACAGUACCAACACAGCUCUUUGUUCCUCCUUCCUGGCUGACGAGGCGCACGCUCCUUUCAAUCACACACCCCAUAAGUAUGAUUUUAUAUAAUCAUGAACUUUACCAUUUUCGAACCGCAAUGGAAAGAAGAGAAUACGCGGACUAUAAUCCCAGCAAAUCGCUAACUGCAACCCUUCCGCUUACAAAACUAUGGCGUGAAUUCCGGCAGAAUCACCACCUUUUCCUGGCCUUCGGACUCCAGUCGCCAGGGUGCUUCAGCUCCGUCUUCCUGAAUGUCGUAGAUACACAUUACUUUGGACUCAAUCGCAAGGAGCGGAUGAGGGAUUUUUUCGAACGGGUGAUUCGACAGCCAGCACUAUCUGUAGUAGAGCAGAAAUUGAACGAAGCCAGAUUAUUCCAACAAGAGUGUGAAAGACUUGGUAUUGGUGUGGAACCACCAAUAGAUCUUGAGGCUGAAACUAUGUCCAGUGGGAAUAGAACGAAACAGGCGAUGCUUCCAGCCGAAAACGCCAUACACUUUAACACAAGGCCAGCAGAGCAGCUUUCGGUAGGGAGGCUACAGUGGCCAUUGAUUAGUAUCACUGUUUUUGCCUCCGUAUUUAUUCUGAUGAAAUACCAUUGA